AUGGAGCACUUGCAGAUUGGACAUCAUAUUCAAACCAUCACUGGAUCUGGUCUGGUGUUGUCUGUGACCCUUCCACAAAUAGAUUUAGGUGAUAAUUCUUUAACUGGAAGCAUCCCAGAGAGCAUUUGCAACUGCAAAAACUUGUCAGCCUUUGGUGUCAUUUUUAACAAUAUCACUGGAAAAAUCCCAUCAAACAUAGGAAAUCUUGUUAAUCUUCAGAUUUUUGUAGCAUUUGGCAACAGAUUGGUAGGCUCAAUACCUGCUUCCAUUGGAAAGUUGGGGGUUUUGCAAGUUCUUGAUUUGAGUCAAAACCAGUUGUCAGGUGUACUGCCCAGGGAACUAGGGAACUUGUCAAAUUUAGAAUCACUUCUAUUGUUUCGGAAUUCCUUUGUUGGGAACAUUCCUCAUGAACUAGGUCGUUGUAAGAAGCUUGUUAACCAGAGGCAUUCCUUCUGA